AUGGCGUAUAAUCCUUACGGCGGGGUACCCGGCUUCGGCCCACCUCCGACCUACGGUUCGUAUCCUGGCGCCGCCGGUGCUCCAGGCCUCCCGUCUGCUCCUGGUCUAGGACCCCCACCAGGCAUGUCUGCCCCAGGAACGGCGCCACCUGGCGUUCAGCAGCACAGCAUCAAUCAAGCUAAUCGACCUAGCGGUCUACCCUCCAACUUCCAAGCUCCUCCGAAUAUGCCCAACAUUAACUUCAAUGCCCCCGUAAUCCGCCUCGGUACCGCCUCCGCGAAGCCCCAAACCCCCGGCAUACCGGGUCGCAAAGACACCGACACCCCAACUUCUGCCGGACCUAGACCUGGUAUAGGUAUGGACCGCGGUUUAGACCAGACGCGACAGGCUAUACGGGAGAAUAUGCAAGCAUUAGUACCUCCUACCAAAGAAGAGAUCAUUCGAACAGUCUUCGUAAGUGGAAUUACAGAUGGUAUUAGUGGCAACGAAGGCGUCGAGAAGAUUCUCGGCGCCCCAGGCAAGGUGCGUCGUUGGGACCGAGCUACGGAUGCUAGUGGAAAAGAGAUGACGUUCGGCUUUGUCCAGUUCGAGGAUGCUGAAUCGCUCUGGAUCGCCUCCGAAAUCUUAAAGGACAUCACCGUACCCGUAAAGAAGCAGACACCAUCCGACGAGCCGGCGGGUGACGACGAUACCUAUGAGAAAUUCGAAAAAGUAACCCUACAAAUUCGACUCGAUGAGAAUUCUACCAAGUACCUAGAAGCUUACAAGGAGAGUAGGCCUGAUGACUCAGGUGCAGAGGCAAGACGUGAAGCUGCCAGAGGUGCGUUGAAGCAGACCAUUAAAAAUCUCUUUUAUCCCACGUCACGACCUGGAGCAGACGCAGAUGGGGAUGUCACUAUGGGUGAUAGUUCGGCCCAGAAUGGAGAGAAUGUUGAGGUGGUUAAUAUCCCCUUGGCACAGGAGGACGAACUCGCCGACAUCCCGGCUGAAAUGCGCGAGACCGUUGCUGCCGAAAUCGCUGCAUUCAGGGAGCGAAGCAUCAAACGUGAUAUGGAACGACUAAAGAGGGAAGAAGAACUCGAAGCGAUGGAACGCCAGCGUAAUGGUGCGCCAAGACCAUCUCGAUUAACGUCACCGCCACCCUCUAGCGCGAAUACAAUACCAUUGGGACCGCGUGGCGUACCUAAUGCGCCGUCUGGUCCUAAGGGACAGAAAUCUGAUAUGGGUAAAGAUUUCAAUAGGUCAAUCAGUUUCGUAAAUGGCGGGACGGCUAACGGUGGUCUUGGUUAUAAUCGGGAUGACGAUGAUGAUUCCGCCAGCGACGAGGAAUUAGAGCGCCGACGAGUUGCGAAACAGAACGCGGAUACAGAGAAACUCUACCUUGAUGCCGAGCGUAGGUGGUUAAACCGAGAGAAGUCGCGUACGGCUGCUCUUGAACGAGAGAAGGAACGCGACGAGUCUGACGCGAAGGACUCUGCUAAGAACAAAGAGAAAACGCUACAACGACUCAAGCACUUCGAUGAUGACGCAGAAGCAUCGCGCAAAACCGAGGAAUAUUACAAGGACCGCAGCGCUUGGAUUAGAAACCGCACUGCAUUUAGGGCUAGAGAAAUUGCUGCUGAUGAUACUGAUAGACAAGCAGAGGAGCAAGAGCGCGUCAGAGAAGAGGCGGAGCGUGAGCAAGCUAGAGGCAUGGCUGAUUCAUUCCUUGAGAGACAAGCCCAAGAGAUGGAACAGCGGCCAGCUCCUAGGGUUGGCAUUGCUGCGCCGCAACCAUUCAAGCUUUCGCUUGGUGCCGCCGCGCAAAAGGCCCAGGCUCAACGUGCAGCUCCACAAAGAAAGACCAUCGCCGAAGUUGAAGGUCUGCUGGAAGACGAAGAUGAAGACGCAUCAUCCAGACGCCAACUUAUCCCCAUUCAGUUCGAACCGGCUGCAGCUGCAGCUAUGUCGGAUGAGGAACGUGACCAAGCUGUUCGCGCGUUAGCUCAAGAGAUACCUAAUGAAAAGGAAGGACUAUGGGGAUGGGAUGUCAAAUGGGACUACUUGGAUGAGAGCGUCAUCCGAGAAAAGCUUAGGCCUUUCGUCGAAAAGAAAUUGGUCGAGUAUCUUGGUGUCCAAGAACAACUCCUCAUCGAGGUUGUGGAAGAAAAUCUUAGGAAGCACGCCAAACCUAAUGAUUUGGUUGAAGAGCUAGCCGAGGCACUGGAUGACGAAGCGGAAGCCCUAGUCAAGAAGCUUUGGCGAAUGGUCAUUUUCUUCACUGAGAGCGAGAAACGCGGGCUUUCCGCAUAA